AUCUCGACUUUCACCUAGCACCUCUGCACGGCCACCAUGCAUUGCCAAACAGAAUCUGGAUCAUUACUGCAGACAAACAGGACCAUUCGAGAUCCCAUUUCAGCGGUUAUCUUCACCAAGCCAAGUCGAUUACUUCGCUGCCUAGGAGUGAGAGGGACGACAAACGGACAAUUCGGGUUGUAACAGGCUUUCCAUGCUCUCCAAACCAUUUGUCCGCAAUUGACCUUGUGGACGAGAAUACGAUAUCACAAAGUAUACCGUAUUUCACGAGUAUCCGUCACGGUAGAAUAACAGCUGAUUAUCUAGUAAUAUCUCAAAAAUCCCCAUAUGUUUUUUGUCAUAACCUAAACAAAUACAUACCUAAAAAAUCUUUUUAUAUAUUCAUUAUUACUGGGUGUUUUUUUCCUAUAUCAUAUAAUAGUGUCAAUAAGUAAACAAAUAUUUAAUUAUUGGACAAACACAAACAUAUUAAGAUCAAUUGCAAUGAAAUAAAUAGUUCGGUUGAAACAUUAAAAAAAAAUGGAAAAACAACUGUUUCAUAUCCAGGAAGUGAAUUAGAAAAUAACUGUGCUGAAUGGUCAUGCAGUAAAGUAUUUGUCGAGGGAGCAGUAAAAUUUUUUAGAUAGAAAUCCUCUCAGAUGCUUAUUUAUUAUAAGCAUGUUGGUGCUUUUGCAGAAUUCGGUUUGUAAUGUAUUAUGAAUUUUCGUACAAAUAGUGAGAAUUUCUGAAACUGACAUGAUUUUUGGACUGGUAUACUUAAAUCAAAGCCAAUCUGGUGUUGUAGUAUAUUGUUAUUGAUAUUAAAGAUUAACCUGAGAACUUUUUUCUGCAAGAUGAAAACUUUGAUCAUGUCUACUAGUCCCCACAUUAUUAUAUUAUUGCUGAGACGUGGAUAAACGAAAGCGUAAAUUAUAUCUAAAAUUGGUUUUAGUUUUAAUAGUGCAAAUUUUAGAGACAAAUAAUUCAUGCUUCAAAAAUUCCAAGAAUUACCACAUAUCUGGAGCAUUAAUCUGAUUAAUGUAACAUCUGGAACUUAUCCUGUGAUUUUUAUAUUGCUAAUUAUCCUUGUUUCUCUGGCCGCAAAAAAAAACAUAUGUUUCAAGUGCUGUUUACUGAUAAUACCAGUGACCUAUUUCAAGUACAAAUUGUACUUUUUAUUUAGCGGCCAGAUAAACAUGGAUGGUUAUUGUCCUUAUAAUUAGGUGGAUAAAGUAGAACUUCCUGGGCGUACCUUCCUCUCAGUACCUGGUUAUGAUGAAAAAAUCGAGUUUGGCGUUUUGGUGCACUUUGCCUAUCAAAUAGAAGGAUCUGAUGAGAGACUAGUUGUUGCAACAACUAGAGUUGAAACAAUGCUUGGUGAUACUGCGGUAGCUGUACAUCCUAAAGAUGAAAGAUACAAACAUCUCCAUGGAAAGUUUGCUGUGCACCCAUUCUGCAAUAGGAAGUUACCAAUCAUAGCUGAUGAUUUUGUAGAACUAGGAUUUGGUACUGGAGCUGUAAAGAUCACUCCUGCUCAUGAUCCUAAUGAUUAUGAGGUUGGAAAGAAACAUAAUUUGCCAUUCAUCACAAUAUUCGAUGACGAAGGGAACAUUGUUGGCGAUUACGGAAAAUUCACUGGCAUGAAACGAUUUCAUGUGAGGAAAGAAAUAGUGAAUGCAUUGAAAGAAAAGGGACUUUAUGUAGAAACUACAAACAACCCAAUGGUUGUACCUAUUUGCAGUCGUAGUAAAGACAUUGUAGAACCAAUGCUCAAACCACAAUGGUAUGUGAAUUGUGGCGAGAUGGCGAAGAAUGCAAUAAAAGUUGUAGAGACAGGUGAAUUGAAAAUAAUUCCAGAAAUGCAUAUAAAAAUUUGGAAUCAUUGGAUGGAAGGUAUUAGAGAUUGGUGCAUUUCAAGGCAGUUGUGGUGGGGCCAUAGGAUACCAGCAUAUUUUGUAACAUUGAAGAAUCAACCUUCUAACAAAAAUUCCCCAUCUGGAGAUGAUAGUGAACAUUGGGUAUCUGGUAGAACAAAAGAAGAGGCCAUGGAAAAGGCAAUAAAAAAAUUCAAUACCACUGAAGAUAAUAUCGUUUUGGCUCAAGAUGAGGAUGUGUUAGACACCUGGUUCUCAUCUGCAUUGUUUCCAUUUUCUAUUUUUGGUUGGCCAGAACAAACUACUGAUCUUAAAGUUCUAUACCCCACUUCUCUUCUUGAAACUGGACAUGACAUUUUGUUCUUUUGGGUAGCCAGAAUGGUGUUCAUGGGUCAAAAGUUGAUUGGAAAGUUGCCAUUCAAGGAAGUGUACUUGCAUCCAAUUGUUAGAGAUGCUCAUGGACGAAAAAUGAGUAAGUCCCUUGGAAAUGUGAUUGAUCCCAUGGAUGUUAUACAUGGCAUAUCACUAGAAGAUUUACAUAAGCAAUUAUACGAUAGUAAUUUGGAUCCAAGGGAGAUCGAGAAAGCAAAACUAGGACAAAAGCAGGAUUAUCCAGAUGGAAUUCCAGAGUGUGGUACUGAUGCGUUGCGUUUUGCUCUCUGUGCCAUGUGCUCAGGCAGAGAUAUUAAUUUGGACAUCCUGCGUGUCCAGGGUUACCGAUUCUUCUGCAAUAAAAUCUGGAAUGCAACUAGAUUUGCUCUGUCAUACUUCACAUACAAUUUUGAGCCACCUACUGAUAACAGAUUUAUCGGAAAUGAGUGCCUUAUGGACCUGUGGAUGUUGAGCAGGCUGGCAACUGCUGUCAGUGAGACUAACAGAGGUUUUGAGAGUUAUGAUUUUGGUCUUGCUACUACGGCCAUUUACAACGUCUGGUUGUACGAGCUUUGCGACGUGUACUUGGAAUGUUUGAAGCCAGUUUUUGCUGGAGAGGACGAGGAAGCAAAGAAAACUGCCCAGAUCACCCUGUAUAGAGCACUAGAAGUUGGUCUACGACUGCUUUCACCAUUCAUGCCCUACAUUACCGAAGAACUGUAUCAACGACUCCCUAGAUCAAAAGAUGUUGCGAAAAUCCCUAGCAUCUGCGUGGCACCCUACCCUGAAUCCAAAGACUGUAGAUGGAAGAACGAGGAUGUUGAAAGUGAAGUAGAAUUUAUGCAGAAAGUUGCAAAGAGCAUAAGAUCUGCAAGAAGCGAUUAUAAUCUUCCGAAUAAAACUAAAACUGAAGCUUACAUCCAGUGUUCCGAGGAUACAACAGCUGAGAUAGUCACCAACUAUACGUCCGCUUUACAGACCUUGGCAUACUGCUCGAAAAUUGCAGUGAAUGAAGAAUCUCCAAACGGAUGUACGAUCAUCACCGUUUCCGAUAAAUGUGAAGUGAAUCUGCUCUUGAAGGGGUUAAUCGACCCUGUGAAAGAAAUAGCUAAGAUCCAAAAGAAAAUCGAGUUUUUACACGGGACGGAAGAAAAGCUGAAAAAGGCAAUGACAGUUGCAGACUAUGAAUCAAAAGUCCCAUUGGAAGUGAGACAGGCUAACGAAGAGAAGUUGAGUCAAUCCACCGCAGAGCUUACUAGGCUAGAGGCAGCUCUUCAAUCUUUAAAGUUGAUGUAAUAGUAUACUGUAGGUUUUGGUACUUUUUUAAAUAUAUCCUGGUUUAUAAGCUUAAAAGCUUUAAUAAUUUAUUUAUUUAUUGUUUGCAAUCUUUUCUUGGUGAUAUAUACUGUGUAAUGCAUUUUGUACCAAACUUCAGUAUUAUUUUGACAUAUUUUGCUAUGAAAUUUCUGACACAAAUAUAAUUUCCAAAUGACA